UUCAAGGUCUUUUGUUUGUUUGUUUAGAAACAAAAAUGGAAUACUUUGUGUUCUAUUGUUUGGCACUUUGUUUGGUUGUUUUUGGAGUGGCAAAAGCUUUUCAUUCCAUUUGGUGGAAACCCAUAUCAGUGGAAAGACAUUUGAAAAGACAAGGAAUAAGAGGGAAUGCUUACAAGCCUUUGGUUGGUGAUGUCAAAGAGUAUGUGAGGAUGAUGACUGAAGCAUGGUCCACUCCUAUGAAUCUAGAUCAUCAGAUUGUUCAACGUGUCGACCCGUUCACAGCGGUGAACGCUGAAAAAUAUGGAAAGAUAUCUAUGUGUUGGUUUGGCACAAGUCCGAGAUUGAUAGUGAAGGACCCUGAGAUGAUGAAAGAAGUACUAACGAACAAGGUGGGUAGCUUUGAGAAGCCACCAUUGAGUCCACUUAUUUUGACGCUAACGAGAGGAUUAACUACUCUUAAAGGAAAUGAAUGGGCUAAACACAAGAGGAUCAUCAAUCCUGCUUUUCAUCUUGAAAGGCUCAAGGGAAUGAUGGCAGCCUUUAAUAUAAGUUGUAGCAACAUGAUAGAGGAGUGGAAGGAAAAGGCUGCUAAUCAAGACAGUGUUGAAGUGGAUGUGUGGCCUGAACUUCAGAGACUAACUGGAGAUGUUAUAUCAAGGGCUGCCUUUGGCUCCAACUUUGAAGAAGGGAAGAAGAUCUUCGAACAUCUCAAACAACUCACUCUUCUUACUCUAGAAGCUAUGCAGACCUUGUAUCUUCCUGGUUUCAGAUUUAUUCCAACGGCUAAGAAUAGGAAGAGAGAGAGACUGAACAAGGAGAUCAAAACCAUGAUUAGGAGUUUAAUUUUAAGAAAAGAAAGUUCCAUGAGCAACCAGGAAGAUAAUGCUGAUGACCUGUUAAGCCUGCUGUUGCAGUCAAAGAAGAAAGAAAACCAACAAGAAGGUGAUGGACUGACAAUUGAUGAAGUGAUGGAGGAGUGCAAGCAGUUCUACCUUGCAGGGCAGGAAACAACAGCAAGCUUGUUAAUAUGGACAGUCAUUGUCUUGGCCAUGCACUCAGACUGGCAAGAAAAGGCUAGGCAGGAGGUCUUGCAAUUUUGUGGAAAGAAUGAACCAACUUUUGAAUCUUUAAACCACUUCAAGAUUGUUACCAUGAUACUCUAUGAAGUCCUGAGGUUAUACCCACCAGUUAUUGGUCAAUAUCAACAUACUUAUGCAGAAAUAAAGAUAGGUGAAGUUUUAAUACCAGCUGGGAUUGAUGUUACUUUACCUACACUGCUUAUUCACCACGAUCCUGAGUAUUGGGGAGAAGAUGCAGAACAAUUCAAACCAGAGAGAUUCGCUUCAGGAGUUUCAAAGGCAAGCAAAGAUCAGUUGGCUUUCUUUCCCUUUGGCUGGGGACCUAGGACUUGCAUUGGACAAAACUUUGCCAUGUUAGAAGCUAAGGUAGCAUUGGCUAUGAUUCUACAGAAUUUCUCUUUUCAGCUUUCACCUUCUUAUGCACAUGCUCCCCAUACUGUCAUGACUCUUCAACCACAGCAUGGAGCCCAGCUGAUACUUCACCAACUAUAGAUUGUAUGCUUAUGAAGUACCACCUUUGAGGGAUGAAUGAAAUGUUUAACAUUUCACAAGCAGAAGAACUUCUGCAAAUCACCUAGCCUUGUUUUGUGCUAUGUUUCCCUUUAGAAAGAAAUGGUAAGAAUGAUUUCUUUGUAAAUAUGUUGUUUUUCAUUUUAAUCAAGAAUCGUGCAAAGAGAGUCAAUUUUUUUGUGCCCAGUUAAUAAUUUAAUGUUCGAAAUCAUUUCA